GUACGAAAGAAUUAUUUAUUUAUCAAGUGCGUUCGGAAUGUUACUGGGUCGUACGCGGGUAUAUUCUCGAACUUCGAUACUUGAACGUUUAUAAAGAUAGAUAUUAUCGAGGCGAAUCACGAUCCAGGAAGCGUCCGGUCCGUUUGAUCGUUUCAACGUUCAAGCUUCCCUCAGACGAUCAUGGUGGCCGAGCUCACUGACAUUUAUACAACGAACGUCGAACGGACACCAGUUGCCGAUAGACUUUGGAGAAGACCGAAAUGGAUCGAGACUGCGACUCGUGAACCGAUUUACAGCGUUCUCGACGUUAACGAGCCGGCGGGCGCGAGAGUGAAACACCUCCCGUUCCCUUAUCCGAAUAAAAAUCCCCUCGUUGUCGUGAUAAGUGCGGUGGUGAAGGAAGGCCACGAUAGAAACUUACCUAAGGAUCUAUGCCCUAAGUCGAUUAAAAAAUACGAUAAGAAUACGAUAGGACACGAUAGGAAUAACGAUUUGGAGGAGCACGCGCUUUAUAGCGUCGUUAAAAAGAGAAGAGAGGUGCGUUCGGUCGUUAAGACGCAACGCGACGAGGAACAGCUAGAACGUUGGUUGCAUUUAACGUCUCGUCGAACAUUCUCAAGUCUUAAUUAUCCCUUCGACGAAAUGUACGCCAACGAGAACGAUAAUGCCGAGGAUAAUAACGAGGACAGGAAGGAUUAUACGAAUGAUAAAGGACAUCCGUGCCCAAAUGCCGUAGCCGUUCCCAGAGGUAUCGUCGGUUUGGUCGGACCUUAUAGAGUUUAUCAAAAUCCUAACGAGAAAAGAGAAUAUAUGCUUCGGGAGGAAGAACUCGUCGAAGAGGAUGUCGUGGAUUCUGUUAGCGACGUCGACGUGUCACGGAAAAAUAGUCGGUCGGCCGAACCUCACAGAAGAGCAAAGUGGAAGAUAAGGGAGGACGACGAGGAAAUCUUGGUACCCGAUAUUCGUCGUCUUCCCUCAUCGUUUCAAGAAUACGAAAUCGAUGGGACAACGGAGGAACUCGACAAGGUCGGCUUGAAUAUAUCCGAAUGGAAGAUGUUGGACGAGCGUUGCACGGAACGCGAGAUCGACGAUACGAACUUUCAGGGGAACGGCAAUAAAGUCGAAGGCAUUCUUUUUGAUAAGGAAGAAAGAGUUGCCGUUGCCGUUGACGUUGACGUCGACGCUAAAGGUAUCUCCUCCGUUGACGGUCUAUUGACGAAGGAAGGAAAGGCGAAUAACGAACAGCAAGACAAGGACAGUUUGAACGAGACAGCAAGUACGACGGGUGGCAACGUGGAGGGCGUACCCAGCGGUACCCCUCCAGGGAGGGGUGAGAGGAACAAGGAAAAUGAAUCCGUGGCAGCGCAACCAUCUUCCUCUUCGCCACCAUCGAGAUCUUUGGUAUCCAGGAUUCUUGCGAGAGCACGAUCGCCGAACGAUUUGCUCGAUCAUACCGAGCCAUUUUCUCAAUUAUGGAUCGUUCUUUCCAACGUCUACGGAGAAUUGUUGAUAGUAUUGAUGAUGGCGCUUUGUUUAGCCGAAGUCAUGGAUACGCCUGUUCCUCUUCUCAGCUUACAGGGUAUCUUUUUGAUGUAUCUAUACGUCGGAAGUAUCGCCGUUAUCAUCGGCAUUUAUAUUUGGGUACUGUUCGAUAGCUGCGCGAGUCUAAACGGUACGAGAAGUGGUAUGGUUGACGUCGAAAUUGGUGGCACCUCCGUUACGAGAUUCGGAUCGUUGAAACGUGCUCACAUUUCUAGAUCUAGAACAGCACCGACGAGCUUUUACAUUCGCGUCGGUGCACUUUUGUUCGGAUUAGCCACACUGGUCUUCAAUGGCUUAGAAAUGGCGAUGCAUUCGAUGAUGCAGGGCGCUGAAUGCUUAAGCGACGUCAUUUUUGCGCAUCCUGUCUUGCAUGGAUUAUUUACUUUUUUACAAAUGCAUUUUUUAUUCGUCAAUUCCCAGGUACUCGUCGAAAGAUUCGGUUUAGCGGCCAGAUUUGGAUUCACGCAUCUUGCGGCGACGAACAUUGCCGUCUGGGUGCGUCUCGUUAUAUGGGACUCCGCGCAGGAAUGGACCUAUUUCGUAUACUUGGCACAACGGGGAUCUCAAACUUCUGCAUCCACAUUGAAUCUUCGUGGAUUUCCCGGUUCUUUAACGAGACACUCAAGGGAUCUCUUGGUCGAUUCCUCGUCGGAUGAUAGAUCGGUAUUUAGACCGUACCGACCAAUUUCCAACGAACAGAUCUCCCAAGUGAUCGCCUUGCAAGAAUGCUUAAACACAAAUACGCUCGGACAAUUGUGGACAUCGAGUUUACCAUUUCUUUAUCCCUUCAUCGUACAAUUUAGCUUAAUCGCAGCCGCCGUAACAUUCGUAAUGGGACAAAAUGUGGGCCGAAGUCGCGUACCGCAGAAACAAAAGUUUCACGGUAAUAAGGAUAUAACGAGCCAUGCGAGAGUGGGCUGUGACGGAUCUAGUAAGGGUCUCUUCCUCGGUAUACUCUGCAUGGUAGCCGGUAUCGUAGUUAUACUGAUCUUCCUGGUGGUCAGAGAGGAUGAACAUUUCUCGACUGUGACAUUGUCUUGGCUGACAUGCGGUACCUUAAUUGGUAUUCUAGCAUUAAGCGGCUUGAUGACAUCCACCGGGUUGAUACAAAUUCGUCAAAUGCCUGUAGUAACGAGGGCACCCGCGGCCCUCGACAAUCUCCUCUCGAACGUGGCCAUUUUUGGCGUUCAACUUUAUUCUAUUUUCACCAUCGUAGUAUGCGCCUGUUCCUUGGCCUUACUCGAGGCGGAAACGCUCGAGGAGGGAGAAGAAAAUGUGGAUUCCUCAUUUUCUUUUGGCGCAAGUAAAAUUCGAGGACAAUCGGAAGAAGGAAACGCAAUCCAGACGCGGGGAAGGCACAUCAUGUUACUGUCGGCCUCGAUCUUGCAAUUGAUUCAAUGUUUCGCUCAAAGCACCUUAAUAGCCGAAACAUCAAGGAGAUCCUGCAUAACGCGAUUUCAGAUGUUAGCCAAGCCGGGUCGUCAGGUCAUCACUUUUCUUUUAUUUAGCAAUGCCGUUUUAUGGGCUUUCGAUACCGUAAUCACGCAAAACUGGAUAUCGCAAGAGUUGCAAUUAAGAUUCUUUGGUGUUCUUGUUUGGGGCAUCCUAUCGAGAAUCGGUUUACCGUUAUUGAUAUUCUAUCGAUUUCACAGUUGUGUACUUUUAUUAGAAGCCUGGAACAAGUGUUAUAGAACACCGCGGGGUGAGCAUCCGCUCAACUGA